UUUUGCGAAGAUUUUCUGUUUGUGGAGGAUUCCGUCAGGUUUAGCACUUAAAUUUUUAAAAUAAAAAAUUAUAACCGUAUUAAAAACAUUUUUCUGAAAAACGAACAAUAGAAUGGCUAAAAUUUUGUUACUGUUUGCUGCUGCGGCACUUUGUGUCUGUUUUAUCACUGCUCAGAGUGGUUCAACAACCGAACUCACGUCUGAACAGCAUAUAAAAAAUCUUGUUGACCGUGUGGUUUGUUCAGAUUGCGAAUUUCGGAAACGCACCUUGAUGAGUAAAACUCAUAAAAAUGACACCUGCACGUCAUUCAGCGAAUUCAGAACAUGCUUGUUCAUAUUUUGUACCUUUAACAUAAGACAUGGCGCGAUCACUGAGGCACAAGAAAUUUGUGAUGGAUGCAGUGCCCUCCAAAUGUCCAUGCUCGUGCUCUUCAUGGCAUCAAUAGUGAAGAUCUUAUUUUAAUUAAAGUUCAGACCUUACAUCAUUUAAACAUUUUGCAAACAUCAUUUUUAAUUUUAAGACAAUUUUACGAUUGGGUAAAAAAUUUGAAGGUUAAAUUUAUGCAUGAUAAUACAAGUACUUUAAAAAAGAUAACUUAAAAUUACAAAAAAAGGGGGUGGGUGCUAAACAAAUGAUUAGAUCUUGAUUGUUGUUAUGUAACUGUUUUCAUACGUUUUAUUUAAAACCUAGUUUUAAUGAAAAAUCAAUAAUCUAUAAUUAAAGUUAUAUUUUUUUAGAAAACAAAUUUCCUAUGAUGAGCCUCUGGUUAUGAGGGAGGUUGAAUUUUAAGAUGAUUUGUGGUGUUAUUAAUAAUUGAUAAUAAACUGAAAGUAAACGAAAAUUCACUUAUCUUGUAGAUUAGGCAUUAUUUUACUAACAAAUUAUAACGUUUGCUAACAAAUAAGUUGACUAAAUCAUUAUAAGUUUUGUCUUAGCCAGAAUAUUAAACAAAUGUGGAAUAUUUCCCUAAUUUAAUUAUUCUAUCGUUUUACGGGCACAAAACUAGCAAAAACCCACCGUUAAUAUUAGGCAGAGUUAAACUAGAUGUCAGAAUAUCCCAUCAACACUCGCCCCUAAGUUUGCCAGACACAAAGAGCAGUUUAUUUUCUACCUGACGUUUACCUCCGACCCUAUACAUUUUUAUUAGAGAUGAAACCUUUUGUAUUAGACUUGAACAGUAAACUUUGAUUUAUUCUUUAAAGUUUCUUUAUAAAGGCUACCAGUUUGUUAGCGAUAUAGUGAACAAAACACCUAGAAAAUAAAAUAAAUAUGUAAA